UAAUCAAAGAAGCAAUAUCAGCCUUGUGUUUCUGCUCUCCCUUAUCUCCCUCACGCUUCCUUCUUCUUCUGAGUGUUCCACAGAGGAGGGGAGAAGCCAAAGCCAAAGCCAAUCAUGGGUGCCUCUUCACUACCAUCUUUCAUUCAGGUGAUGCCAUCUUCACAUGAAAAACUCAGCACCCAUCAAAAGAAGUUUCAAAUUGGAAUACCAACAAGAGACACACAGUUUUCUUGGUCUUUUUCUUCACCUCCUUCCUGCAAAGUUCUUCACAAAUCACUUCCUUUGGCUGCUUCAAUUGCAAUUCUUCUCUGGUCAAGCCCUGCACAUGCUGGGUUCAUGUCAGGAAUCUCUGGAUUAGAGUCUGUUCCUGGUCCUCAGCUUCCUCAGAUUGACUUUCUCAGCCGCAGAAAUGAAGAAAACCAGAAGAUGUAUGCUGAGAAUGAUGCAAGAUUUAAAUCUUCUCCCCUGCUGAAGAAACUGCUCGAGCAAUCUGAGUCCAAAAAAGAGAAGAACCGUAAAGAAAUUGAGAACAAGUAUUGCUUACGUGGAGCAGAGUGGGGAGUUGGGGAUUGUUCAGCAGAGGGAAUGACUCCAGAUGAGAGGGAGAAAUUCAUAGCAAUGUUGAAGCAGAGGGUUGAAGAAAGUAAUUAACAUGAUACUGAUGCAUAGAGAAUGAAUUUAAAGGUUUCUUGUAACUUUGGCAUGUAGGAUGUCUCUAGGUGAAGAAACAAUUAGGCCUCUUGCAGAGUUUCAAAAUAUUGUUUUUGAAGUACCAUUUAUACAUGGACUGUUUUUAUGUUUAAUGUAUAAUUGUGAAAGAAAAAUCUCAUACAUUUAGCCUU